ACUUAUCAACCAACUACUACCACCUUCCUCCUCAUCCUCUCCUCAUUCGCCCUCCCCACCUCCCGCCCUCCUCCACUCACCUCCAUAUCUCUCCCUAGUCUGACCUGUACAUCCCCAUCGAACCACACUCUACGGACUUCCGACGCAUAUCAGCUCACCCACCUAGAUAUAACACGACCGACUCGUCCCUCUCCAUACUCAAGGGUCUUCCAAUUCCAUCAUCAUAUAUCGUGCUUACGCCAUUGACUCCUCGUCCAUUCUUGUCACAUCAAGUCCUGAAUCUGUCCCGAUUGUUGCUUGGAUUAUCCAUAUUUCUCUACUCCUAUCUCGAUACUACCCGUGCUACUACCACCACCACCAUGACACGGGUGACACCUCUGCCACGCGAGCUCGCCAAGCUCACCAGGUCCCUGGGCUCCUCAGUGGCUGCCCCUCGCUCCAGCCAGCUCCUCAGCAACAGCUCCCGGGCUGGAGCUGCCCGUGUCCGCAAGGACCUUGAGAAUGGCACUGUUGACAUGCUGCCGGCUUCAGAGCGGUCCAUGACCACCGCCCACCGCCCAAGUCCUCAGCCCACUCCCAACCCCGCCCGCACCAUUCCCUUGAUGCAGUCCUUCCACUCCACCCCCACCGCAACCGCCCGCUCCGACAUCUCUACCAUCGACUUCGCCUUUCUCCCUUCCCUCGCCGACAGUUCACCCUCGGCCGACUCCUUCGCCCAGGUCCGCGUCCCGCUCCUCCCGGACAACUUUGCCCCGGAGAGACCCCCCGCCAUCUUCGCCCCCGAGCUCCAGGGUGAUGUCCCCCUACCCCGGAGCGAGAUUAUUGUCAUGGCCGCCGACCCGGCCUCCGUCAGCGCCGUCUCUGCUCUCACUGAGGUUGAGGGUAUGGGCCCUGACGGCGUUGAGCUGCGCUUUGACUUUGAGAGUCGCGCCCCAGCUGAGGCCGAGGGCGAGUAUGCCGGUGGUAUGCUGACGGAUCUGUGGAAGGGGCUGGUCGAAGAUGUCCUCGGGGGCCAGAAGUCGAGGCCUGCUUUCUAAGCAAGGAUGGUUCAAGUCCAGGAAGGGAGAGGGAUGACGUUAUUUCAACAAGAAGGACGGGGAAGAAGGGAUAGGACGAAGACGUGCAUUUGUAAAGCGAGCGAGGCGAAUGAGCAGACACUCACGAGGCCUGACUGCGAGACGGCCGGGUGCUGUGGGCUGCGUUGUACAAGGGGCGUUCUUGAUUGGUUGAUAUUGGUCUUGCUGGACCAUGGCGAUGGUCUAGAUUCACCGGGGCAGCGGUUGUCCCUGGGUUUCUUUCCUUACUUGCUCUCAUGGUGUGUCUUCUUGCACAUAGAAACUUGGACGUUGAUGAUGGUAUGUCCUGGAACAAAGGACCGAUGAGUCCUCUUGAUGGAGCAGUGGUCACUCGUUUCGUCUAUUAUUACUUUCUCUCUUUUAUACACGAGAUCCUUCCGCGUUGUUCAUAACAAGAUUGUAAUCUGAUUAGCACUCACACAGUGGCAUAUCAUGGCCCAGGCUUUUUACGCUUUC